UUACCUAUUGGUUCAAAGAGACAUUGUGAUUUAAAAGGAAUACCUUUGCAACAACUGCAAAGUAACCUCGAAAACGUUCAAUAUUUAAUAAUAGAUGAAUACUCUUUCGUUGGCCAGAGUUUGUUCUGAUGGAUUGAUAGUCGUUGCAGACAAGCUAUUGGACGAACAGACAUGACAUUUGGCAGCAUAUCUGUCAUUCUUGUCGGUGACAUAGCUCAGUUACCACCAGUAGGUGACAAACCACUUUACCAUUCUAUGCCAAAAACAGAAAAGCAAAUUCAAGGUUUUCUCCUAUAUCAUGAAUUCAAGAAAGUUGUUAAAUUGACAGUUAAUCAAAGAGUUCAAGGAAACAAUAUUGAACAAUCCAAUUUUAGAGAAAUGCUAACCCGAGCUCGCCAUGGUGAAUCAACUGAAUCAGAUUGGCACUCUUUAAUUUCCAGAACACCGGACAAAGUGCACAAUGUGAAUGAGUUUGAAAAUCAUUCUGUCAGAAUUUGUUAUCAUAAGGAAAAAGUCGCAGAAUUAAACAUUAGUAGACUGAAAAGCUUGGGUCAACCAAUAGCAAUAAUUAAAGCUCGUCACUCUAUUGGAGCACAAACACUUAGUGCUGAUGACAUGGGAGGCCUUGAACCUAUAGUUUACUUAUCAAAAGGAGCAAAAGUAAUGUUAACGAUGAAUCUAUGGACUGAUGUUGGCCUUUGUAAUGGAGCAUUAGGCACAGUACUUGACUUUGUGUAUGCUGAAGGACAGCAACCUCCAUGUCUUCCAAUAUGUGUAUUGGUUCAAUUUGAUGAUGAAUAUAAAGGACCAUCAGUUUCUUCUCUGUUUCAAAGAUGUGUCCCAAUUUGUCCCAUGACCCAAUUUUCAGAAAGUUUAGGAAAAAAAUAUGAGAGACAGCAAUUGCCAUUAAAAUUAGCCUGGGCGAUGACAAUUCAUAAAUGUCAAGGUCUGACCCUCUCUAAAGCUUGGAUUGAUUUAGGAUCAUCAGAAAGAUCUCCUGGAAUUACAUAUGUUGCUUUAAGCAGGAUAAUCACCGUGGACAUCAUCUGUUCAACUUCUUGUACAUUUGGAUGA